AUGACAUUAGCGACAGCAUUGACAGCUCUCGGAAAUUAUACGGAAACGAAAAAUGCCGGAAUCGGUCCGUCCAUUAAGUCAUCAAAAGUGACCACAAAAUAUGUCAAUACAUCUCUAAGUAAUUUGUAUGAGACAACAAUGUCUACACGAGUCAAGAGUCGUACUAAACGUAGUAUAAUUCAAUUGGCGGGUAUGAUUAGAUGUGUGUCGGGAUGUGAUCCAUUAAGUUAUAAGAGUUAUGGCUGUUAUUGUGGUUAUUUAGGCGGUGGAGAGCCGGUCGAUGUGAUUGAUAGUUGUUGUCUGGAGCACGACUGGUGCUAUACGAUGGCCUCAUGUCCACAACUACUCAUAUAUUUUGUGCCCUAUCAAUGGCAGUGUGUAAUGCCCGGGUAUGCUCGAUGUGGUGUAGUGCCAUUUGGAGGCAUAACCGACAAGUGCUCGUAUCAGUUAUGCCAAUGCGAUCGCGCUUUUGCCAAAUGUUUGAGUCGUAAUCCCUGUCCUAUUGAUAAACCUCUUUGUCAGUCAUCAUCAAUAAUUGCCAUUCAAAACAUAAUUAUUGGUUAA